AACAGCAUAAAACCCCUCCGAUCAUGAGUCUAGAAAUCCCCGUGAAAGUGGAGAAUGAUCGGUGACAUCACUGGAGUUGACUCAACAAAAAGCAUCCUUUCUAAGAUAAGGUGGACCAGUAAUUAACAGUUAACCGACACUUCUUCCAUAACUACGCCCAUAAUGGCUUGAACAUCUCUCCCAAUGUCGCUUAUUACCGAUUCUUCGCGGAGGAACGCAAAUUCUGAUGCCUGGUUGGAUGACCUUGCUUCAGACACCAGUGGGUCAUCGGACGUGCAGCCGGUUGAAGCGGUGAAAAGAGUGAAAGCGGACUAUGCUUGGCAGUCAGCAACCUCCACGCGCAACGCGCAUAGUGGCGAUGAAGAGGAUGAAAUGGAGGACGAAGAACGCAUGGAUGAAGCGGGAGAUGAAGAUGACGCUGACGAUGAGGACUGGGUCGCCUCCGAUUACGAUAGGAAACGCAUACAACGAUCAGGCAUGCAGCGUCAUUCUCAUUCAUCGUUGAAGACGGCAGCUUCUGGCAAGUCUUGCCAUCAUCAGCAACGUGUUCGCCACAAACCGAGUCUUAGUUCACCCAGACCUUCGCAACAGACCCAAUUCAAUUGCGGCCCACCGCGUUCCGGUCGAAGUGGAUCGCAACAUAUCAGAUCUCAAAAUCGGGUCAAAUCCUCUGUCCGCGAUAAUAUGCAGACCUCUUCCGGCUCUCGGCGAGGCACUCGUCGGAACGCACCGAAUUCGCCGAAUAGAUGUCCGCUGCCAUGUGAGCUGGCCGAACCGCGUCAGUGUUUUGGGCCUGGGUGUACUCGAACCGCCGCUCGACCUGACACGAAAUAUUGUUCAGAAGAAUGCGGUAUACGACUUGCAUUUCGGCGACUGGAAGUGCUUCUUCCCGAACGGCUUCAGCGAAUGAAGUCAGGAGAUCCAGAAACCAAUGAAACAGAGAGCCAGAAACUACCCGAAGUGGAUUAUUUAGCCACACGGCUCGACAGAGCUCGUCUUGAGGAGAUACAAAUUGAGAAGAGCGCGGUUCACGAUAAGCUGGUUCAGUUGGAGAUGGACCAUCAGCACUUGACAAACCUGAUCGCAUGUGCUCGGGAACGCAAACCAGAUCUGCUUGCAGAAGCCACCAAUGAAGCAGACCAGGCAGAACAAAUGGAACCGGUAGUUUGCGUUACCUGUGCUAGUGAGGUUAGCAUGCGGCAUGCCCUACGGCAUAUGGAGAAGUGCUUUCAGAAGAUGGAAGGUAACACAGUCUUUUGUGCCAACCAGAAAGAACAAGUGGUUGGAACUCCACUGUUCUGUGACGCCUACGAUACCCAAGCAAAGGCUUACUGUAAGAGAUUACGCGUGGUGUGUGAACACUUCAAAGAGCCCAAACUACCACCCGACACGGUUUGCGGAUUUCCGUUGGUCCGAGACGUGUUCGUCGAGAGUGGGUCAUUCUGUUGUGUUCCCCGGAACAAAUGCACUCGGCAUUUAGGAUGGGAACGUCUUCGACGGGCAAGCAUAGAUAUUGAGCGUUACCGCUACUUCAUCAAGAUGGACGACCUGCUACAAGAGGAACAACGCAUUCGCCAAGCCAUAUCUCAACGUGGUGGUCUUCUCGGAGUUUUAUUGCAUCAAACAGUUGAUCAUAAUCCGUCAAAGCCGGUCCCUCUACCCCCCGAACUGCGGGCUCGGGGAACCAAAGAAUGAAAACGCCUCUCAAAUACUGUAAAUAUCUACAUAUCGUUCCUCUUCAAUAAACUCAACUAUCCAGA